GCAAGCGCGCCGCAGAGCGACGAAUUGGGCAGAAGCCGAAGCAUGAGUGCGCCUGCGGAAGAAAAGCCCCGCCCCUGAGAACGGAUAAGGAGCUGUAAAAACGAAAGACUAGUAGAGACGUACGCAUGCGUAGUAGUAUCAAUGUCAGUCUUCUAUGUAAAGAAUGCUGCAUAUGGUACGGUUAAGCCUAAAGGCUGGGAUUACCAGCUUGCCAUCUCGUGGCAAAGCCUCCCUAGCUGCUAAAAUGGUGCAAUACCGGAAGAUGCGGAAACCAACACAGCCACAGAACUGGACAGUGGAUUAUCGGGAGCGAUACAUCCCCUUUUCCAAGGAGCAGCUUGUUAAUACACUACUUAAGGAGUUCCACUCCUCCAGCCACCCAGAAAGAGUCUCCUUCCUGGCGUUUGUCUCUCAAGUGGACUCCUCUCUUCUGCAGCACUAUCACUCUGCCCUAGAGCAGCUCAAGGCUCUCUAUGAACCAAUCAAUCCUGACCAGGAUACCUUGCAAGAGUCCUCUUUGACGGAUGCUGAACGGUUAAAGAAAGAGCAGGAAGUUUUGGACAGGUUGGAACCCUUGCUGGACCAGGCCAACUUCAACAGCCUGUCAGAGGAUACACUGGCAUUUGCCCUGGCGGUCAACCACCCUUAUGACGAAGUCCAGGUGUCUGUGAAUCUGGACCAGUAUGAUUACAUGUGUUUCUGGGCUCUCGGGCAACGCUUCGGCCCGCUGCGUGUGAUGACAACCCUUCAGGCCCGGAGGGGCUUCUUUGGCACAUCCCCUCGGAUUCCUGCAGACAGGCAUUAUUUCAAGCGGGUGCUGGUAGCUGCCCGGACCAAGAAUACGCACCUGGUGCUGAAAUGCUUUAAAGACAUCCCCCUGGAGGGCUUGGAGCAGCUCCUGCCGGCCGUCAGAGUCCGCACCUCCAUCUUAUACCGAACCCUCCUCAACGGCAUGCUGCUAGUGAGCGGUUUGGCCGUCUUCGUCAACGUGGGCAUGGUGGUACUUUCUGACCUCAAGAUUGGCACUACCUCCCUGCUGCUUUUCUUCGCUGCUUUCAUGAGUUUCCGAGCUUGGAAGGUCUUUGGCCAGCGCAGGAACGUCCAUGCCCUUGAGCUGGUGCAUAUGCUGUAUUACCGCAGCACGUCCAACAACUCAGAGCUGCUGGCCUCCCUUAUUCUGCGGGCCCAGGAAGAGCAUGCGAAGGAGGUCAUCUUGGCACACAGUUUCCUCCAGCAACAGCGCCACCUGCAGAAGGACACAGACUCCAGAACUGUUGAACACUUGAAGCAAGAUGUUCAGGAGUGGUUACAUCUCCGCUCUGGGCUGGCUAUAGAUUUCUGUGCUGAACGGGCCUGCAAGCAUCUGAAGGAGUUGGGAGUGGGGGUAAAGUGCCCCCCCCCAGUUAGGGACCACCCUAUGACUGGGUAGAAGGUAGAGCCCCCUAUUGUUAUUUUAGAGAGCACUUUUGGCUCUAAAAGGUGAGAACUCCUGAGAAGCCCUUAACACCGAGCCUACCAAGUUUACAACACAUGAGUAUUGGAAGGCCUUCCCCCCCCCCCCCGGUGCGUUAUGGAGAUGGUAUCCAGAGGUGUAACUGUUGAUACUGCAUUUUCUUCUUUGGAUGUAUAUAUCAUAAGGCAAAGCAUAAGCACACCAUGAAGUAUGCAUUUCAGUUGGUGUACUUCAUAGCUAAUAGGCAGACUUGAAUGUCUAAGACUCCAUUAUUUGAUGGGAGGUGAGAAAGAGCUGCUUUUAAAA